GCAGUUCCCACUAUGGCUAGCAAACUAUUCACCAUCGCACUAGUGGUUGCUUUAGCAGCAACAUUGAUUAAUAUCUACGUGAAAAAUAAGGGUGAGACUCGGUACCUGUUCCACACAGAAUGGUAUGACCCCGUGUCUGCAACUGUCCGCAAAUUCCUCCUGAGUUUUUUCCCGCGAGAUAAUUCAGUGGAAAUGUAUGAUUUGCGGUCCCAGCGCCUGUUUUUAAAGCGCAUAGCCAUUGAGGGGUUAGACGAAAAGGAUUUUUACCUCGGCAAUACCAUAGUUGUACUUUCGAGACAGUUGAAGAUCACGGAAUAUGCAGAUUCCACAACCAGGGAAAUCAUAAGCUCCAAGAGGCAGAGAACCUUUGCAAUGGUGAAGCCCGACGCAGUGCACAGACUAGGGGAGGUCAUCGACGUGAUCCAAAGCAGGAACUUCGAGGUGAGCCAGAUGAAGAUGGUGCAACUGACGCGAGCUCAAGCGGGACUGUUUUACCGCGAGCACGAAGGGCGGCCGUUUUUCGAGCCCCUCCUUGACUACGUAACAAGCGGCCCAGUGGUAGCCAUGGAGCUGAUCACGACUAAUGCCGUACAGCGAUGGAGGGAGACCCUAGGCCCUACAGAUGCGGAGCUAGCGAGACGCGAGGCACCCGGCACCAUCCGUGCCAAGUUCGGGAAGGAUAAGCAGUCAAAUGCGGCCCACGGCUCGGAUUCUGAUGUUGCGGCCACUAGGGAAAUUGAGUUCUUCUUCCCUUCCUCCAAAGUUUAUGACAUAAUGGUGCCCCAGACGACAGCACGAUUCCUGAAUAAUACAUGUUGCAUUAUUAAACCCCAUGCAGUAGCAGAGGGUAACCUGGGCAGCAUCCUCAAAGCAAUAAAAGAUGAGGGAUUUGAGGUCUCGGCUCUCCAGAUGUUCCGCAUGGACAAAAUUCAGGCUGAGGAGUUUCUGGAGGUGUACAAAGGCAUAGUUAGUGAAUAUCCAGGUAUGCUACAGCAGUUGAUCUCGGGUGUUUCCGUUGCCAUAGAGAUCACGAGCAUCCACGCAGGACAGACUCCAGUUAAAUUUAGGGAAUUUGUAGGACCAGCUGAUCCAAUCGUGGCCAAAGAAUUGCGGCCCAACAGUCUCAGGGCUCGGUUUGGUGAAAAUAUCGUCAAGAAUGCCCUCCACUGCUCGGAUUUGCCGGAUGACGGUCCCCUUGAGGUGGAAUAUUUCUUCAAAAUUCUCCAGUAAUUUAGUUUUCAGCACAUAUGGUACACGCAUUCCAGUGCAGUUUUCAGUGACUGCCAUUUUUAUAUAUUUGCAAUAAAUGUUAAUCAGUGUAUUUGGAGGAACUCCCCUUUUUGCUAAACCUCCAUGUUUGAUGUCCUUCAUAAAGUAUGUUGUACUGUUAUUGAAUGAUAUUUUGUUAUUAACCCACUGGAUCCAGGUGUAAUUGCUACCUGCACGUGGCUUACUUAUGCGGUGACUUUCCCAUAUGUGGCUUUUAGGCCCGGCCGUCACGAAUAUUCAUGUGCGGUGUCAAGACUCCUUGCCUCCUCUUUGCAAAGUUAUCAUCUCUUUUUCUACAUAGGUAUAUAUUUUUAUUUAUUUUUUUUACCCUCUAUUUUCCAAGGUCUGUGUUUGUCAUCUGGUGUUCUGUACCAAGAUGGUAAUGAAUGAUUUUCCUUUGCACAGACUCCAUAUCAUGUAUCAAGGUAGUCUAUAACCCAGUGAAAAAACAGUAAUAGCAAGUAACUUUGUUAUAUUUGUCACUUGUCAUCCAGAAAGAGCACAGAAAGAGUGGCCUUGGAGCCGGCACUCCUCCAGUUAUGGCUCAUGGAUCGCAGAUGGUACAUUCCACACCCGUUUACCAAUGAAAAUAAUGCAAAAGCCCAUUCCUAAGUGCCCGCUAAGUCUAAUGACCCUCCAAGAACAAUGUGCACUCAAUAGCAAGUCAUUCACUACAAUCCUGGCCAUCAACCAAAUUUUUAAUGACAAUAUGUUCCUGUCAUCUCAGACCUCAGUCAAAAUAUUUUGUGGUGGCAUAUUCCCAUAACCUAGCCUUAGGCCUAUUUUUUUGUUACGUGAUGGUCACAUCACUCGGAUCCUAGGGGUUAAAUAUAGGGUUUCAGAAGAAGCUUGUGCUGCCUUUUUCAUGGUUCAUCAAAUAAAUUAUAUAUAUUUAAA